GAGGAGGCGAAUGCGCAGGAGCGGAAAUUUCCUCUUCCUCCCCCUUCAGUUCCGGUCCGCGGCGGUCGCCUCACCGCCCCCCUUCCGUCUGCCUCUUCUUCUCCCACCCUCCCUCUGCCAGCCUGUGUGUCCGUGGAUCGGGCAGUGUGUCCGUGGGUGGGUCCUGGCCGUGGGGGGGGGGAGGGUGGCCGCCAUGGCGCUGUCGCGGGGGCUGCCCAAAGAGCUGGCAGAGGCUGUGGCUGGGGGCCGGGUAUUGGUAGUCGGCGCGGGCGGCAUCGGCUGCGAGCUCCUCAAGAACCUGGUGCUCAGCGGCUUCGCGCACAUCGACCUGAUUGAUCUGGAUACUAUUGAUGUCAGCAAUCUCAACAGGCAAUUUUUGUUUCAAAAGAAGCAUGUAGGAAGGUCGAAGGCACAGGUUGCUAAGGAAAGUGUUUUGCAGUUUUAUCCAGAAGCUAAUAUUAUAGCCUACCAUGACAGCAUCAUGAACCCUGAUUAUAAUGUGGAAUUCUUUCGGCAGUUUACAUUGGUCAUGAAUGCUUUAGAUAACAGAGCCGCACGAAACCAUGUGAAUAGAAUGUGUCUAGCAGCUGAUGUUCCUCUUAUAGAAAGUGGAACUGCUGGCUAUCUUGGACAAGUAACAGUUAUCAAAAAGGGUGUGACAGAAUGUUAUGAAUGCCAUCCUAAACCAACACAGAAAACUUUCCCGGGAUGUACAAUUCGUAACACACCUUCAGAACCUAUCCACUGUAUUGUAUGGGCAAAAUAUUUGUUCAACCAGUUGUUUGGGGAAGAAGAUGCUGAUCAGGAAGUAUCCCCUGACAGAGCUGAUCCUGAAGCUGCUUGGGAACCAGCAGAAGCUGAAGCCAGAGCAAGAGCAUCUAAUGAUGAUGGUGAUAUUAAGCGUAUUUCCACUAAAGAAUGGGCUAAAUCAACUGGAUAUGAUCCAGUUAAACUCUUUACCAAGCUUUUCAAGGAUGAUAUCAGAUAUUUAUUGACAAUGGAUAAACUGUGGAGGAAAAGGAAGCCUCCUGUGCCAUUAGACUGGACUGAAGUUCAGAGUCAAGAAAUAAAUUCAGGAGAUCAACAAAAUGAUUCCACCUUAGGUUUAAAAGACCAACAGGUUCUGGAUGUCAAAAGCUAUGCACGUCUUUUUUCAAAGAGUAUUGAAACCUUGAGAGUUCAUCUAGCUGAAAAAGGUGAUGGAGCUGAACUCAUUUGGGACAAGGAUGACCCAUCAGCAAUGGAUUUUGUUACAUCUGCAGCGAACCUCCGGAUGCAUAUUUUCAGUAUGAAUAUGAAGAGUAGAUUUGAUAUCAAAUCAAUGGCUGGAAAUAUCAUUCCUGCAAUAGCUACCACUAAUGCAGUGAUUGCUGGGCUGAUAGUCCUGGAAGGUUUGAAAAUUUUAUCAGGAAAAAUAGAUCAGUGUAGAACGAUCUUUUUGAACAAACAGCCAAAUCCAAGAAAGAAACUACUUGUGCCUUGUGCAUUGGAUCCUCCCAAUCCUAAUUGUUAUGUUUGUGCCAGCAAGCCUGAGGUAACAGUGAAAUUGAAUGUCCACAAAGUCACAGUCCUUACAUUACAGGAUAAGAUAGUGAAAGAAAAAUUUGCCAUGGUAGCACCAGAUGUACAGAUUGAAGAUGGCAAAGGAACCAUCCUGAUAUCUUCAGAAGAGGGAGAAACAGAAGCUAAUAAUUAUAAGAAGUUGUCAGAGUUUGGAAUUAGAAAUGGCAGCAGGCUUCAAGCAGAUGAUUUCCUUCAGGAUUAUACAUUACUGAUCAAUGUUCUCCAUAGUGACGACCUAGAAAAAGAUGUGGAAUUUGAAGUUGUUGGAGAUGCUCCUGAAAAAGUGGGGCCAAAGCAGGCAGAACAGUCAGCUAAAAACAUCAGUAAUGGCAGUGAUGAUGGGGCACAGCCAUCUACAUCAACAGCUCAAGAUCAAGAUGAUGUGCUGAUCGUUGAUUCAGAUGAAGAAGCCCCUUCAAGUAAUACUGCUGAUGUCACUGAGGAAGACUCAGCCCGGAAGAGAAAGUUAGAUGACAAAGAACAUGUCAACGCAAAGAGGCCCCGUACAGAACAGUCUGAAGAGCUAGAUGACAUUAUAGCAUUAGAUUGAAUGAAAAUAAACUUGAUAAUUUUCUUACUGUCUUAUGUUAUCUGGGCAUUUGUGUUAAAUGACCAGAACUAGACUAUUUAUGUCCUUUGUUCCAAAGGAAAAUCACAUCACUGACUUGAAAAUGAGUCUUUUUUUCCUCCUUGAUAAAACAUUCAUUCGAAUAGAACCAUUAGAAAUGUUCCAGUAUGCUGUAUUGAACGUAGUAGGAAUUUAGUUUUUAAAUACUUGAAGAAAAGUAUUUGCUUAAAAAGUCAUUAGAUAAAAGACAAUACACAGUGCAUGUUACAGCUUUUUAUGUAAAUACCUUUAGGUAUAGUAGUUAAAAAUACUGUGGUUUAGUAAAAUUAAUAUCCUGAUUAUAAAUACUACACCUUUAUUUUUGGCUAGGAAAAAAUAUUUUAGCUCAGAUUUAAUUGUUUUCACAUCUUCAACUAAACUGAGAUGGACUCAAAGACGCUUCAAGUGCUGUGUGUUGAAACUUGUUUUAAAAUAUCAACUGGCACUAUGUACAUUACUGUAAAACAAUGUUAAUUUACUCAAUUUUUCAACUUGUACUGCCUGGUAUGUCAGCAUCAGAAAAUUUUUGUGUAUUGUUACAGUUUCAGGUUAUUUAUAUUUGAUGUUUUGUAAAACUCAAAUACUCCUAUGCUGUACCUUUAAAGGACCAAAUAAAUGAUAUCUGAAUACUUGCUAUA